CGGAUGCAGUUCUGCGCAACUGGCUGCCUCGGCGAUAGCCCUGAUCUGAGGACACCGUGGAGACUCGACUCAUUGCACCCACAGGAGGGCCUGGUCAGAGCGAGAACUGUUAGGGGAGAUUUUCAGAGGCACGGUGGUGGUGACCUACCUAACUCCCAUUGACGUUCCGAAUUAGGCACCUAACUUUGUACCUUUGACAAUCGUGGGACAGCUCAGUCCACAUAAAACUCACCUGCAGCCUGCUUUAUGAAUCGGUGCCGAACGCCAGGCUUUGGCGUGCUCCCUCCAGCAUGCCUGCUGUGGCAAAAGCGUCUACGCAAAUCCACUAAAUACAACAGAUGCAAAUAAUCCGUUUAGCCAAUGCAAGCGUAGAACACAGUUUGAACAGAUGCAACUAUUCAUAGAUUUCAAGGCCAGAUGGGACCACUGGGAUCACCUAGGCUGACCUGUGCAGCACAGGCAAGCGCCCUUCUCUCUUUCAGUUUUUGUUUAAAAUUUCCCAGGAAGUGAUCAGGGUUGAUGUUGAUUACACAACAAUGGGUGAAAAUCAGGGCGAAAAAUGAACUGCACGGAUUUCUGGGUCGAUAUUGGAUUUAAUAGCGGGAGAUGGGGGGGCAGAAGAAAGCAACAGAGAGGGGGAAAGGAGGAGUAUUGAAAAUGAAGGCAGUUUAAUGCGGUGGUUUGGUGAAGAAGCUGUCCAUUAACAGCGUGAACAUCAACGCAGGCGUGUCUGCAUCUCCCACGACCUUGCCUUGACGGACAUGGAUUGACACUCACUUCCCGCCCCUCCCAGCUGAUGUGCAACUUGCAAUAUCGCCCCCCCACCACCACCACGUGGUGGGAAGCACAUGGUCUUCGAAGGGCGGAGCUUCCUUUUCUCUGGGCCCGCCCCCCAGCGCCCUCCAGCCAAUAGGAAGCGAGGGCUAAGGUGGCUGGUGUCUCAACGUUCUGAGCCUGCUGGGGGACAGCUGCUGGGGGGGCUGCCGCUGCGGGCCUGGGAGGCUCCGAGCAGCCCCUGUUUUGCUGUAGUGGCUGUCCCUGACGAUCUGAGUGGAUCUUCCCGGUACACCAUGGUACGGCAUAGCAAGCUCCAGAAGCAAGUCUUAAGCUUGUACAGACAGUUCCUACGAGCCGGCAAAGAGAAGCCGGGGUUCUUACCUCGGAUACAGGCCGAGUUCCGGAAGAACGCCAGCAUCCCCCGGAUGGAUGUUAUGCACAUAGAGUAUCUCGUCCGCCGCGGCCAGAGGCAGCUGGAGCAGCUCAGAGACGUUAACACGAAACAAAUGGGCACCUUUGUCAAAACCAAGCCGGAAGAGCGGUGACCCCUGCUGGCUGACGUAGGCGGCUUUCUUGUACUGGGACAGUUAGCGUGUGAAUUCAGAGACGUGCCUUCCAGAUUCUCACAUCCUCGUGCGCCCCUUUCUGUUUGCACAUGGGUCCGAUCACAGUGAAGGAAAACUAUCCAGUCGUUGCAAUUGUCCUACCUGGAUUGGAGUUCACUGGGAUAAAUGAAGCCUGGUUUAGGUGUUUCUGCACGAGGGAGCCACUAGAGGGUGCAUUGGAGAAGCCGAUCUCUAUAAUUCUAAGCUUUUUAAUAAUUCAAGUGUAGAUGGAUGGUCUGGAGGUGACGUUCUUGUUUCCAAUACCUGGGAUGUAAUCCGUUCCUACCCCUGUUGCCUCCUCUAUUCUCAAACAGGCAGAUUACCCAGAAAAAUAAAAGAAAGGGACAGUGGUGGGUUGAAAUUC